AUGGCGAUAGAACGAGUCCUCGUAGCAAUUUUCUUGGCUUUGGCCCUUGCGAAAGGCGAACAAACGUAUGCUGGCCAAGUCCUCAAAGGGUCGAUAACCUGCCUCGACUGCCCGAAAACUUAUGAUCUCUCAGGAAUUCAAGUCCUCAUCAAAUGUGACAGAAUCAAGAAGCUGACCAUGGCAUACACUGAACAAGAUGGGACCUUCGAAACCGACCUGCCAUCGGACGGCCCGAAAUCAUCCAGCCCAUCACACUGCAUGGCCAGGAUCAUGGGAGGCCCACAACUAAUCUACUCCUCGAAAAAGGACUCUAUUGUCCCAAUUUCUAAAGUAGGCCCAUAUUUCGCUACAUCCAGGCCCUUAAGCUUCUACAAGAAGUGCCCUGUCAGGGGAAAGUGUUCGGCCCAAAACAAUGGGCUUGGUUCGUCCAAGACCGUGGAUUUGCCUCUGCCGAGAGAAUGGGGAUUGGCACCAUCUAGCUAUUAUCUUCCGUUUUUCCCAAUCAUUGGGAUACCUUAA